GCCCCCCCCCCCUCCCCCGCUUCGAACAAGCCCAGCUGGAGCUCAUUUGAAUGAGCCGACGAGGGGCGGCCGCGUUCACUCCGCGCGGAGAGGAAGACGGAGAGUGUGUGCGACUCAACUGCAAGCGAGCCUCGGACAGCAUCGAGAACCGAACGAGCGGAUACAAUUUGGUUGCAACCCCCCCACCCCACCACCGCAGCUGCUUCGGGGCCAGGGGCGCCCACCUCCGGACACUUGAGUCGGGGUAAACCCUCCAUCCUCCCAAGCCCCCCCCCCUCGCGCGCGCGCGUGUGGCCAUGUGUCACCGCGUUACAUAGACUCUUUUGUGCGUUGUGUUUUGGAUCGGGGGACAGGUGGCGGUGAAGUCUGGGAAAGAGGAGGGGGGACCACCACGGACACGCUCACAGCCCCCCCGACCCCCCACCCGCCUCCCGUGGUGGAUGUCGGGCUGGCGUGCGGGCUCCACGCUGGGCAUAGACAGGUGCGACGGGGAGGAGGAGUUUGGAGCCGAACUCCCUUGGCGAUCGCAGGGAUUUUGUUUUGAACAAAGCGGAAAACCUCCUCACAGCGACAACCAACAUUUUCCUCCACUUCAGAUGAGUCGAGUCCAGCGGCGUUGUAUCUGAAGAUGGCUCUUUCGUGACAGCCCCAGGACCUGAACUUUGACCCCAUCCGUCCUGCUGUGUCCUUUCCGUGGACGUGCCCCCCCCCCCCUCCCCCCCACCCGCCCCCCAACCACCACCACCACCCGCCUGUGCCUGCCCCCCCUCACCUCAUCGGCGCCGCGAUUCUGUUGCCAUGGCGACGGCGGCCCCUCCCUCUCUCUUCAUGCUCUGCUGGCUGCUCCGAACAGCCUGCUCGGCGUUCCCCGAGGAAACCGGCCCUUUAAACUUCAUCCCGACUGAAGUGUCAAGACGCUAUCCGGUGUUUCUGGGCCGGCCGCAUCACACGUGGCAGAGACAAGAUCCUUUACAUAUCCAGAGGGUCAUCCAAGUCAACCGAACACUCUACAUCGGAGCCAGGGAUGACCUUUUCCGCGUGGAACUGGACAUCGCCGCCGCGGACGAGAUGUUCUACAGCAAGAAAAGAACAUGGGAGUCCAACAAGAACGACAUCAGGAUCUGCAGGAUGAAGGGCAAACACGAGGAUGAAUGCCGGAAUUUCAUGAAGGUGCUCCUCAGUAGGAGCGGCGGCCUGUUUGUGUGUGGCACCAACGCCUUCAACCCGCUCUGUGCCAACUAUACCGGGGACACUCUGGAAAUGGCCAGUGACCCCGUCAGCGGAAUGGCCAGAUGCCCUUACGACCCCAAACACGCCAACGUCGCUCUGUUUGCAGAGGGAAAUCUGUUUACGGCCACCGUGACGGACUUUCUGGCCAUCGACGCGGUCAUCUACCGGAGCCUCGGCGACAGUCCGGCCCUUCGCACCAUCAAGCACGACUCCAAGUGGUUCCGAGAGCCUUUCUUUGUCAGCGCUGUGGAGUGGGGCCCUCACAUCUACUUCUUCUUUCGAGAGAUAGCCAUGGAGUUUAAUUACCUGGAAAAGGUUGUGGUGCCCCGUGUGGCGAGGGUGUGUAAACGCGACCAGGGCGGAUCUCAGCGCGUCCUGGAGAAGCAGUGGACGUCCUUCUUGAAGGCCCGCCUCAACUGCUCCGUCCCCGGCGAUUCCCACUUCUACUUCAACAUGCUGCACUCCACCAGCCCCGUCAUCAACUUGCACGGCCGCGACAUCAUCCUGGGCGUCUUCUCGACGCCGGCCAACAGCAUCCCCGGCUCGGCGGUGUGCGCCUUCGACAUGGAGCAGUUGGCCGCGGUGUUCGACGGUCGCUUCAAAGAGCAGAAGUCGCCCGACUCCAUUUGGACGCCGGUUCCUGAUGAAGUCAUCCCCAAGCCGAGACCCGGAGGCUGCGCCGUUCAGGGUUCAAGGUUCAAUUCCUCCAACGCUUUCCCCGACGAGAUGCUGAACUUUGUCAAGACUCAUCCGCUGAUGGACGAGGCCGUCCCGUCGCUCGGACAAAGGCCGUGGAUAGUUAAAACCACGGUCAGGUACCAGCUGAAUAAGAUUGUGGUGGACUCGGAGGCCGGUCCGCACAGGAACCGCACCGUUCUGUUCCUGGGCUCCAGUCGCGGGACCAUCCUCAAGUUCCUCAUCAUGCCCAACCAGGAUAACACGGUCACCAGCAGCAACAUCUUCCUGGAGGAGUUGGAGGGCUUUAACCCGGAAAAGUGCGCUGGUGACUCUCCGCAGGCCAGGCAGCUGUUGUCGCUGACUCUGGAUGGCGCGAGUCACACUCUCAUCCUGGCCUUCCCGUCCUGCGUGGUGCGAGUGCCCGUGGCACGCUGCCACCUUUACUUGCGCUGCAUCAAAAACUGCAUUGCCUCCAGGGACCCGUACUGCGGCUGGACCAGAGGAAGCACCUGCUCUUUCCUCCGCCCUGGAACCAGGUUGCCAUUUGAACAAGACGUGGCGCAGGGAAACGUGGCUCACUUGGGCGACUGCGACGGAUUACUGAAAGAGACGUUCAUCAAGGAGCCAGACGGCCUGGUGUCCGUCAACCUGCUGGUGGUGUCGGCCGUUUCGGCCUUCGCCACGGGCGCCGUCUUCUCCGGCCUGGCCGUCUGUUGGAUCAUGAGUCACCGCCACCGGCACGGCCGAAGGGCCGGCGCCAAAGGGGCCCGCCGCAAGAGCGACAAGGAGCAGAGCGUGCUGGGCCCCGGCCCCAGCGGCUCGGUGAUGAGCGUGACGAGGACCGGCGGCGGCGACUCGCAGGUGGACAACCCGUUCGUCGCGGCCAACGGAUGGCCCAAAGUUGACGUGGACCCCGACUUGCUGCCCACCCCCGAGCAGACCCCGCUGCAGCAGAAACGAGUCGUGCGUCUGCCCGACGCCGACUGGGACCAGAGCCGGACCUUCCUGGCGGCCGUCGGGGCCCCUUGCCCCAACAACUCGGUCAUCUACCUGAGCUCCAAAUUCCUGCAGGCAGGCGGAGGCGGCGGAGGAAUGGUUCGGAUCGACGAGCCGGGCGAGGUUCCGCUGCCCCCGCACGCCGAGCGCCAACGCUACUUGAUCCUUUCCGCCCAGCGGGGCGGGAACGGCGGCCGUCCGGCGGGCGCCCCGAGGAGCUCGGCGGGGGACUACAUCUACCCCUCCACGCCGCAGGACUCUCCGGACCGGCGGCGGGUGGUCUCGGCGCCCGCUCCCCACAUGGAUUACGGGGAGCCUCGCUGGAGCCACGAGGCGCUCAACUGCAACGGCGACAACGGCGUGCCGUACCACGCGCAGCGCCAGGGCCUCAUCGGGCCGGAAAUGCACGGGCACCGAGGGGGGCUGGGACAACUGGCCGACUAUAGCCACCUUCUGGUAAAGAGCGAGAGAACCCCGAGUGUCCAGUGAGGUAACUGACAGCUCUCUGACCACUCCUGCAGCUGGAAGAAACCCAAGACUCUUAACGUUCCCCGUCUGUCCUCUCUCACCGUCAUUUAACGUUCUGACGUCAUUCAGCCGACACCGAAGGGAAGGACGAGAAGUCAAAGGGACACUUGUGCUAAAACGCGCGCCAUUCCUCCGCUGUUCGGCGCACCCCUCUCGCUCUGCCGGUGGUACGAGCCGCGGAGCGUAGGGCGCAGUUAAGGUGAGGACUCGGGGCGCUUCGGGACGCGGAAUCUUGGGGCCGAACGGCAGCGCCGAGACGACGACGGACAAUUUUGGACUUGCAGAGGCACAAAGUGGAGGCCUCUCUUCACCACCGUGGAUUUACUCCAAGUGUACGUUUUAGUUUGGGCUUAUUGUGCUUUUCUUGCCACUCGCCCCCUUAUGACUUUUGAAGCUGCGCCAGACCGGAGUGUGUGCAUGUGUGUGUGUGUGUGUUUGUCGACACAUUUUAGCGGUUGAGCCAAUGAAUCGAGACGUCGACACGUCGACUUUACCACUCCGCAAACGCCCAUGAGAGGUUGAACUCGAUUAAUCACCAAUCGCGCGUUUUGGCUUUAACAACACGGACGCCUCACUGAAAGGAAUAGGCGCUCGUUCCGUGCAGCAAACUAGCGACGUUUGGAAAUAUUUGACUAAAAAUGAGACCCGUAGCACGGUCACUUGCAAAAUACAUAACAAAAGCACAAGUUCGAUGAAGGCAAACAGUAACGCUCGCUGACGGGCAGCCUCAAUCCCUGAAACGGAGAAAAGACGACGACAUGAGGACGAGCUGUGGUCGGUCAACAUCCUGUUUAUUGACUCCCUCGUCCGAUCACGAACACACUUGGACGCCUUCACUGCCUCACAGAGAGUCGGAGUUUACAGAACUCGGUAGGUAGCGGGGUUGCUCCAUUAUUGCAAAACCUUCCCGCCGCCUGUGAUUUGUUUCAAUUGGAGUCCUGUAGUGAGCCGCCACCACGCAAUUUACAAAUUCCGACUAUCUGCGAGGCGGUGACGGCGUCGGAAUGCGAUUGGAUGACCGGUCUGCGCUUUAACCACUCGCGUGUACGUGUGUGAAUGGCGUCAGUAGGUGUGCCCUCUUAACUGUGACGGGACGGGCAUUUAAAUACAUUUAGCCAUGGGGAAAACGAACAAUUCGAUCUGGAACCUCUCGCCGCAUGUUCUAAACUCCCGCUUCCACGCCAGCGUGGGCGUACCGUUGCUCAACUUCCUGUGUUAUUUAGCCGGCAAACAAGGUGAAACUGGAUGAACAAUGCCUUAUUUGCUUCAAGACAACAUCAACAAUCACAAUCCGCCCCGCUGAAUUCUUAAUGAUCAGUUCAUGUCAAAAUAUGUAGAAUUAUUCUGCCCAGCACUGGGAAGAAGUAAACCGUGCAGGCCCCUCGUUAUGAGCCGUCCAAGUGAACUCGUCGCGCCUGUUUAAAAGCUUAAAAGUACGUGAAGGAGAGCAAUAAUGAACAAGAAUCAAAGGAAAACGUGAUUUUCCAGUCUCGCCGUUUUCUCAGCAAAUGGCUUUUUUUUUUGUUUUUUG